AUGCCUUUCUCAGAGAAGCAAAUGGAACAGCUUGCCAAAGCCUGGCAGUGCUGCAAGACGGAGCCAAAGGUCGACUACAAAGCCUUCGCCACAGUCGCUGGCCUCUCUUCUGUUCAUAGUGCAGAAGUGACUUGGGGAAACCUCAAGAAGAAGCUGAUGCAGGAAUAUGGCGCCAUGGGCAGCAAGAUCAAGCAUGGCAGCGACAUCGUUGGCGAGAGCAAGGCUUCUAGCAAGAAGAGAAAAGCCUCUGAUAGCGACCUUUCUACGGGCAAUGGGAGCCCGCAGAAACGUGGUCGAGGGAAAGGGAAAGGGAAGAUCGUGGAGUCCAGGCAAUCAUCUUCUCCAACUCCGGAGCUCAGUUGCAAUGAUCAGUUCGAUAGUGAUUAA